AUGGCAGAUAAUUGGGAAGACGUGGCCGAGUACUUACUACGAAAUAGAAGAUUACGAGAAAUGGUCGAUGACGUUUUGAAUUCAUUGGAUGAAAUUGGUCCGGACUGCCGUUUUACUACAGGUAAGCCUGUUUUUAUUUUUCUCUUUUCUCCAUCAGUUACAAUAAUAUACUGACCACUGUUCACAGGCAUGGAUUUUAUUAUUAUGUUAAAACGAGUUAUCAACGCUAAAAUUUAAAAAAGCGAAGCGAGUAAAUACGGUGUACGUUAAACGAAUUGUUGCACAUGUCCAUUGAAUAUAUAGCCUAAGUGUUAUUUUUCUGAAAACGCCAUAUAUAUAUCAUUGACAACUAAACGGAGCCUGAUAAACGUGGUCUUCUUUACUGGUAGCAACAAAAUAGUUAAACAUGUCCUUUUGACUAAUUUCUUUAUAGAUGGGAAUCGAAAACAUGAAAAGAGAAGUAAAAACAAGAGAGGAAUUACAAAACCUGAUCUGAUACAAAAGCAACGCUUGCUCAAAGAGUACCAAAUGACAAAGUACCUUACACAGGAGAGGAAGAAAGAACUGGCAAGAGAAUUAAAUCUGUCGCAAGUUACCGUCAAAGUAAGUUCUCAACCUUAAGAUAUCUCAAUGCAUUUAAAUCUAGAAGAAUAACCGACAAAAAGUAAAGACACUUAUACUCUGCAUGCAUGGAUCUAUGAUUUAUUUCCGAAGUGGCUAUAGGUUCGGCAAUUUCCGAGGGAUAUUAAAGGAUAUUUUUAGGAUAUUAUUAUAGGUUUAAAUUAUUUUAGGGUCAGGGUUAUAUUUGUAGAUCAAAACAGCCAGACCUAUAUAGCGACGGCCAUUUAAUUUCCCAGCGGCUUAAUAUAUCAUCUUUUGUAUUUUCUCUUCACAGAAUUGGUUUCAAAAUCGGCGAAGGAGAGAAGCACUUCUUAAAAGAAAUAAAACGGUCAAUAAAAUACGGCGAAUGAGCAUACGCAAGGACGAUGAUGGUGUACCUUGCCUCGUUCCGAGAAAUGUUGACAUUAAAAUAUCUGAAGUACUGAAAUCGGAAACUAGACAGCUGAACUAUCAAAACAAUUUGUCGGGCUUUGUUGUCACUCAAGAUGAAAAUGGUAUUUGUUUAUUGCAGGAACUAUAAUCGUGUAGUGAUAGAAUACUCUGAGAACAAGGUUCCUCACUUUGAGGACAAGUUUCCUAUCUUUGAAGACAAGGUUUCUCACUCUGAGGAGAAUGUUCUUCACUGUGAAGAGAAUGAUCCUCACUCUGAGGACAAGGUUCCUCACUCUCCGGACAAGGUUUCACACUCUGAGGACAAACUUGUUCACUCUGAGGGCAAGGUUCCUCACACUGACGACAAGGUUCUUCAUUCUAAGGACAAGGUUCCUCACUUUAAGGACAAGGCUUUUCACACUGAGGACAAGGUUUUUCUCUCUGAGGACAAGGUUUCUCACUCUGAGGAGAAGGUUCUUCACUCUGAGAACAAGGUUGCUCACUUUGAGGAGAAGGUUCCUAUCCUUGAGGACAAGGUGUCUCACUCUGAGGAGAAUGUUCUUCACUGUGAGGACAAUGAUCCUCACACUGAGGACAAAGUUCCUCACUCUCCGACAAGUUUUGUCAAUCUGAGGACAAGGUUCCUCACUUUGAGAACAUGGUUUUUCGCUCUGAGGACAAGGUUCUCCAUUCUGAAGACAAGGUUGCUCACUCUGAGGACAAGGUUCUUCACUCUGAGGACAAGGUUCUUCAUUCUGAGGACAACGUUUCUCAUUUUAAGUCAAGGUACCUCACUUUUAGGAGAAGGUUCUUCAUUCUGA